AUUGAAAAUAAGAAAAAUUUUGCUUCAGCACAAGGUGCGACUUUCUGUACUUUUCUUUUUUUAAACGAAACCUUGAAUGCGACUUGUUGGAUCACAGUGCCAAGACAUGGAUGAGCGUCUCUCUCCAACUGCGCGCUUGGCUCGCAGUCCUGCUUCCCAAACGCGAAUCCACAGCAUCGAAUCCAUUUUGGGAUUUAAAGGAGAAAAUAUGUUUCACCCGGCGUUUUCUUUUGGCUCAGGAAGACCAGUCAAAGAAAUUGAAGAACCUAUUAACGGGGGUUUGUCCCCCAAAAAGGACACUUCUAACUCCAAGAACUUUGAAAGUGUAUGUAGAUCUGUCACCAUGGUCAGUCCUGAUUUACCGGACGGAGACUGUGGUAAAUUAUCGGACGAUGAAAAUCCCAAGAAAAAACACAGACGUAACCGGACCACGUUCACCACCUUUCAGCUGCACGAGCUCGAAAGAGCGUUUGAGAAGUCGCAUUAUCCUGACGUGUACAGUAGAGAAGAGCUCGCGCUAAAAGUCAACUUGCCGGAAGUUCGAGUGCAGGUGUGGUUCCAAAACCGGCGUGCCAAGUGGCGCCGUCAGGAGAAACUGGAAGUGAGCUCCAUCAAACUGCAGGAGUCAUCCAUGCUUUCCAUCAGCAGAUCAGGGCCACUGUCCCUGGCUAGUGGUUUACCCUUAGAGCCUUGGCUUACUGCAUCCAUUUCUUCCUCCUCUUCUCCACUACAAUCCCUACCCAGUUUCAUCACCCCUCAGCAUGGUGUGCCAGCCAGCUACACGCCUCAGCAGUUUCUCGGCUCAUCCACACUCAACCACCAUCUACCACACAUAGGGGCGGUGUGCCCACCUCCACAGGUAUAUCAGUGCUCAGGGUUUAUGGAUAAAUUUUCACUGGAAGAGGCAGAUCCACGAAACACAAGCAUUGCAUCUUUAAGAAUGAAAGCUAAAGAGCACAUACAGUCUAUAGGGAAAACGUGGUAGAGGUUGAAUAUUGUAGGACUGGGAAAACCAGAGACUUUGGAAAAUAUGCUGCAUCCUUAACUUUGAUGUCAAAGACACUGAAGACCAUCAAUCCACACUCGAGUCACCCUGAGAGACACUUUAGUAUCUUUAGAAACCCCACAGAUCAAAAUUGUUCAUUGUGGAUGUCAGCUCAGUUUACAACUGUUUAUAUUUAAAAGUUCAUGAAUGUAUUUAAACAUGUUCAUAUACAUUUCGAAUAGCCAAACAGGGCUAAUUCAACCCUUUUUUGUGACCACAAAAAGCAUAGAGAUUUUAGAUAAAUCAAUUACCUGCAUUUUAUUUUAUUUAAUGCAUCUGAUUAAUCUGUCUUCCAUUUAAAAUCCAUUCAUGUGUCUACAAAACCCAUUCUGUGCAAGGGAAGGUAUUUAUUUUUUAUUCAGCAAUGCACAGUGCAGCUUGCCACUUUUAAUUGGAUUUUUUGU